UUGCGCAAUUCUUCCAGAUGGCGGCUAAUUCCAAAAAAGCCAUAAACAAACUAAGAUCCCUGGCAUUGGUGUGCACUGGCGGCGGUUUAGUAUUUUCCGGUUUAUGUAUUAAUCAAGGCAAUGAAGGCUAUUAUAAGAAUGUGUUGAUGCCAGCCACACGCCUUCUGCCACCGGAAACCAGUCACAAAUUGGCCGUGUGGUGUUGUAAAUAUAAAAUAUUUGGAAAACCUGCCAAGCAGGAUGAUGCUAUUUUGGCCACAAAUUUCUUUGGUCACAAUGUGGAAAACCCCUUGGGCAUUGCUGCUGGUUUUGAUAAGCACGGCGAAGCCGUUGAGGGUUUAAAGCAAUUGGGAUUUGGUUUUGUUGAAAUUGGAUCGGUGACACCAGAGCCCCAGCCCGGUAAUCCCCAACCAAGAGUUUUUCGUUUGGUCAACGAUGAGGCCAUCAUAAAUCGUUAUGGUUUCAAUAGUGAAGGUCACACAGUGGUUUUUCAACGUCUAAAAGAACUCAAAGAUUCGGGUCGUUUUAAUGGCAUUUUGGGUAUAAAUCUGGGAAAAAAUAAAACUUCCCCUUCGGCCAAGGACGAUUACAAGCAAGGUGUACAAUUGUUUGGCCCCAUUGCUGAUUAUCUGGUUAUAAACAUUAGCAGUCCCAAUACUCCCGGAUUGAGAGAUUUACAGGGCAAAAAAGAUUUACAAGAACUAUUGGAAACAGUGAUACAAACACGUAAUGAAUUACCCUAUAACAAUAAAGUACCUGUCCUAUUGAAAAUUGCUCCCGACCUAACAACUCAAGAUAUCAAAGAUAUUGCUUCGGUUAUAAAUAAAAAGUCUUGCCAUGUUGAUGGUCUAAUUGUCUCCAAUACAACGGUGUCACGUGAAAAUCUCAAAGAUGUUGAGGUAGCUAAAGAAACUGGAGGUCUUAGUGGAGUACCUUUACGUUCGAAGUCGACACAACUUGUUGCCGAAAUGUAUUACCAGACAAGUGGUAAAAUACCCAUUGUUGGAGUGGGUGGUAUUUCAUCGGGUCAGGAUGCAUUUGAGAAACUGGAAGCUGGUGCUUCUUAUUUACAACUGUAUACAUCAUUCAUUUACCAAGGGCCACCGGUGGUGAAACGCAUUAAGCAAGAACUUGCUGAAAUUCUAAAAGCUAAAGGAUACAAGUCGAUUGGCGAAGCGGUGGGCAGUAAUUAUAAGGCCUACUUGGGCAAGUAG